AUGCCCUGGGAAACCCGCAGACCCCCCCCGCCGCUGAGGGCUGCGAAGGACCCGCUCCUCGGGAGCCCCACCGUCAGCCCGGCCCGGCCGGGGACCCGCGGCAACCUCCCCCCCGCGGCACGGGCGGCCCCGCUGCUCCGCCGGGGCAGAGUUACGGGUAACCGGGGGCAGCGAGGAAGCGCAGCCCCGACCCGCGCUGCUCCUCCCCGGGGAGCGCGCAGGGCCUGCGGCCGCCGCCCACGACGCGCCCCGGACACGCGGGGCCGGGCCGAGCCUUCCCGCCCGCGGAGCGUGUGUGUGCGUGGCGGGGCGGGGGAGCGGGGGCAGCCCCUGCCGUCGGGCCGGCGCUGCCCCGGCUCUCCCGCCCGCAGCGGGCCGGCCCCGGGAGAGGCGCGGGGGGCCCCGCUGCCCCUGGCCCCCACGGGCACGCCUUUGCACCCCCCGAAACAAACCCAGUCCUUGUGCCCAGCCGCGGCCGCUGCGGCGGGGAGAGCCGAGUACGCGUUUUCGCGCAGACCUAGGUGCGCGGACGGCAACACAAUAGGGAUCAAGAGCGCUUUGGCGAACGCUGUUAAGCCGGUGGGUUAUUUAGGGAAAGCGACACGGCAGACACACGCUCAGGCACCCGUGCGACCGGUCUCUACAGCGCACGAACCUGCGGAGGAACCAGCCCGCAAUCGAUUCCCCCGAUCCGCGAUAGCCGUAGUGCGGCUGUUGAUCCCAACUGAAAUAAAAGCGGGGCCCUCGUUAGCAGAACGUUAUCGGGAUCGAUUUCGGGGACAUUCACGGUGA